CUUCUUUCCACAACUGGAGGGCAAUCUACAAAUAGCCAAAACUUUUCAUCAUCGCACCGUCACUCUCUCUAAUCUGCAUCGCCAAAGAUUCAAUCUUUCCGACGAAUGUCUUCGUUUUCGUGGUUAUCUCGGCUCCGUUCUUCUUCUUCAAGGCUCACUUACAAUGGUUUCAAGAAUUCAUUUUCCCAUAGGCAAAGGCAAAGCGUUCAAUCAAGCCUCCUCAGAGAGGGCAUAAUCACCUCAGAGAAUGCCCACUCUUUCUUUUCAUGGACUGCCGGCUUACUCCCCCUGGCCCUCGCUCUCUCUGCCGGUUCUCUGGCUCUACACUCCCAAACCAACCACUCGUUUAGUCUCAGCGAAGCUCCGAAUAUGAUCGAUUCCAGUGUGAAAAUUGGUGGCAAAGGCAGCACGGAUUAUGUGGUGAAGGGUUCUUACAAAGAAGUUCCACAAGAGCUUAUUGAUGAAUUGAAAGAAAUUUGUCAGGAUAAUAUGACGACGGACUAUGAUGAGAGAUAUACUCAUGGGAAGCCCGAGAAUAGUUUUCACAAGGCAGUGAAUAUCCCUGAUGUUGUGGUUUUUCCGAGGUCCGAGGAGGAGGUAUCGAAGAUAGUGAAAGCUUGCAACAAACAUAAGGCCCCGAUUGUACCUUAUGGCGGAGCCACAUCUAUUGAGGGUCACACCUUAUCCCCUAAUGGCGGUGUUUGCAUCGACAUGACUUUAAUGAACCGUGUAAAAUCAUUACACGUGGAGGACAUGGAUGUUGUGGUUGAACCUGGCAUCGGAUGGAUGGAGCUUAACGAAUACUUGGAGCCCCACGGUCUCUUCUUCCCCCUUGAUCCUGGACCUGGAGCAACCAUCGGGGGUAUGUGCGCUACACGUUGCUCGGGCUCUUUGGCUGUGAGGUAUGGUACGAUGCGCGACAAUGUCAUCAGUCUUAAGGCUGUUCUAGCCAAUGGAGAUGUUGUCAAGACGGCAUCCCGGGCGAGAAAAAGUGCUGCGGGGUAUGAUUUGACACGCUUGAUGAUUGGAAGUGAAGGAACGCUGGGAGUUAUCACUGAAGUUACUUUGCGAUUGCAGAAAAUCCCACAAUCGUCAGUGGUUGCAAUGUGCAACUUCCCGACAAUUAAGGAUGCAGCAGACGUUGCCAUUGCCACUAUGCUUACUGGGAUACAGGUCUCGAGAGUGGAACUCCUGGAUGAAGUUCAAGUGCGAGCAAUUAAUUAUGCGAACGGGAAAAAUUUGCCGGAAGUUCCAACUCUAAUGUUUGAAUUUAUAGGCACAGAAGCGUAUGCACGUGAGCAAACAAAAAUUGUUCAGAAGAUAGCUUCUGAGCACAGGGGCACGGAUUUCGUCUUUGCAGAAGCUCCUGAAGAGAAAAAGGAACUUUGGAAGAUAAGGAAGGAGGCGCUUUGGGCUUGCUUUGCUAUGGAACCUAAUUUCGAAGCAAUGAUAACGGAUGUUUGCGUUCCUCUAUCGCACCUUGCAGAACUAAUCUCCCGAUCAAAACAAGAGCUGGAUGCCUCGCCACUAGUAUGCACAGUUAUCGCUCAUGCUGGUGAUGGGAACUUCCACACGGUCAUACUUUUUGAUCCCGCCCAAGAGAGCCAACGUAAAGAAGCCGAGAGGCUAAACCACUUCAUGGUCCACACCGCUCUAUCCAUGGAAGGCACGUGCACCGGAGAACAUGGCGUUGGUACUGGGAAGAUGAAGUACCUUGAGAAAGAACUGGGAAUGGAGAAUCUGCAAACAAUGAAGAAGAUUAAAGAUGCUUUGGAUCCCAACAAUAUCAUGAAUCCAGGAAAGCUCAUCCCCCCUCAUGUUUGCUUCUAAAGGACCGAAAUUCUCUACAUUGUCAGUUGUCUUGAAAACCGAAUUGUGAGCCCCGAAAGGGGUAGUCAAAUGGGUAGAACGUAACAUGAUUCUCGGACAAUAAAAUUAUGAAUUUGAUUUUUGCCAACACACAUUUUCAGUUCAUUUCUUUGUAUAAGAUUUUACUUUUUCUA